GCUACCAGUGACGUUUACAAGCGGCAGCCAUAUUAGCAGAUGGGAAUAAACUCGUGUUGUCAACCAAACCUUUUGAAGAAAAUAAUAGCUUGACCAUGGCGGUUCCAUUCUCAAAUACAAAAUUACGGGUUCCAAAAGGCUUUCAAAACAUCCUCGAGGGCUUAGCAAGGGAAUGUUUGAGAAGUCAGCCCGAAAACAUCUAUGAAUUUGGUGCCAAAUAUUUCCAACAGCUAAUUCAAGUUCGAGAACAGACUGGCCAUGAUCCAGCUGUCCAUGGGGCACGGUUAGAGGACCGUUUCUACAACAAUGACUCGUUCCAGAGCCCCAGCACGGACCCCGGGGAUCCCCAGCAACAGGAGGCCGCCCUGAAGAUCCAGACGGAGUUCAGGCGCCACCAUGCCGAACAGGAGGUGGAGCACAUGAAGGAAGAAGAUGCUGCGGUCAAAAUACAGUCUGGUUUCCGUGGUUUCCAGGACAGACAGAAAGUCCUUGAAAUGAAAGACCCUGAGGCUUAUGCCAAACAAAAGGAAGAAGCUGAUGAAAGGUUGUCAAAAGGAGGAAGCAGUAAAGACAGCGUGGAUAUUGAUUUGGAUGACCCAGAGGUCGCAGAGGCUGCUGUGAAAAUCCAGGCAGGGUUCAAAGGUUACAAAGCUCGUAAAGAGGUCAAGGACAAGAAGGAAAAGGCCAGCACUGACAGUAAAUCAGACUCCCAGUUACCCAGUGAGAAAGAAAUGGCAGAUGCUGCCACUAAAAUUCAGGCAGGGUUCAGGGGUCAUAAAACUCGCCAAGACAUGAAGGAGAAAAAAGAGAAGGGGAAAGAGGAUAUGUUAAGUGAAAUAAACAAAUCAGAGCUCGAAAAUGCUGUUGUUCAAAUCCAGGCUGGUUUUCGAGGUUACCAGGCUCGAAAAGAGAUGAAGCAUUUGAUGGAUUCACAACCAGCAAAGCAACCUGAAGAGGAAGUAGAUAUUGACCUCAAUGACCCAGAUGUAGAACAAGCUGCCCUUAAAAUUCAAGCAGGGUUUAAAGGUUACAAGACACGCAAAGAGUUUGAGAGCAAGAAGAUGAAAAGUUCAGAGGUCAUCAAUGCUGGCAAAAAUGAGGAAGAGGAGGUUGAUAUAGAUCUAAAUGAUCCUGAUGUUGCAAAUGCAGCAGUUAAAAUUCAGGCUGGAUUUAGGGCACACAUAAAAGCAAAGAAAUCUGACACUGCAAAGAGCAGUGUCACAAAAGAGAGCAGUCCUGUUGCCGUUGCUGAGCAAGAGUCAGAGGAAGUCAUUGAUAUUGACCUCAAUGACCCUGAAGUUGAAAAGGCUGCCCUUAAAAUUCAGGCUGGAUUUAAAGGCUUUAGAAAAGCUAAAAAAGCAACCACACAGGAUCAAACAGAUAAAACAGAAUCCAAACCUGAAGAGGAAACAUCAAGUAAAGCUGCAGAUAAAGAAACAGAGGAGGCUGCCCUCAAAAUUCAGGCCGGGUUCCGGGGUUAUAAGACCAGACAGGAAGUGAAAGAACAGAUGGCCAAGGAGGAAAAGAAAGGUGAGGAGCAGGAGGAAGUAGAUAUUGAUUUAAAUGAUCCCGAUGUGGAGCAAGCUGCCCUCAAAAUACAGGCAGGGUUCAAAGGUUAUCAGGCCAGAAAAGAAAUCAAGGACAAAAUGAGCAACACUGAGGCUAAAGAGGAGGGUGUUAAGGAAGAGGAGGAGGUAGACAUUGAUUUAAAUGAUCCUGAGGUAGAAAAGGCAGCUACUAAAAUCCAGGCCGGAUUCAAAGGAUACAAGACGAGGAAAGAAAUGCAGAAGGAGGAGGGAAAAUAAUCCAUUUUGGUUAAAAAAAAAAAAAAAACUAACAUAAUAUUCUAUUCCACUUAACAAUUUUUGAUAUCAGGCAUCAUUCUGUUUUUUAUAAAUUUACUUUUGUAGUUUCUUUUUUUAAGACCCUUUUUAAAGAUGAAUACUUUGUAUGUUUCUUAAGUUGAGAUUGAAUGCAAUUUAUACAAACAAAGUUGUACUGUUGUUUUUAUAAGAUGAUGUGUUUUGUGAGAAAGAUAAUUAAUAUAUUGUUGUUAUCCUUUUGUAGCAAUAUCCUUGUUUCUGUUUGAACUAUGGCUAUUUGUGAAUGUUUUUAUUUCUGUUUUGCAGACUGAUAUGUCUGAAAUACAGACCAAGGUGAAGGAUUGAUGAAAUACACACAAUGCAAGUUUUCAUUAUCACUGUGUGUGGGCAAUUGAUAUCAUAAAGUUUUGCUGCAUUUAACAUCCAGCUUUUAGCUUUGUAUUUACCCAUAGUUGUAAAAAGAAAAGAAAAAUCCAUUUACAUAUGCAAUCAACAAGUAAGCUAAUAUCUGAAAUAAUUCAUUUCACAUUUUACCCAUAGUUGUAAAAAGAAAAGAAAAAUCCAUUUACAUAUGCAAUCAACAAGUAAGCUAAUAUCUGAAAUAAUUCAUUUCACAUUUUGGACAAAAAAAAACACGUCCAAUUUUGAAAUACUUUAAUAUAGAUGUGCAAGAUAAAUGUUAGAACAAGUAGUGGUUAAAGAGAUAUACAUGAACAUCACAAUUUCUGUAUGUCACAUUUUGCUUUCCACAAUAGACUAUUUACUUUAACACUCAAUACAGCAGUGAUCUCUCGGGUAGUGGCUGAAGUUUUAUCAUGGCAUACUUUUUUUUGGUGUGUGUGGUGUGUUUGCAAUACUUUUGGGUCUUUGGUGAAAUCUGUUUGAUGCAUCAUGAUCAAAUACAAAGUAGUUGCUAUAUAAGUUAAUGAUCUAUAUACCUCUAUGUUAUGAUCUUAUUAAAAAAAACUCAUUCAGUUUAAUAUUCUAUUAUAAAUAUUGUUGGUAGAUUUUUGUUAAUUUUAUUAAUUACAACUUUUACUCCAGGUUAAUUUGUGAUCUUCAGGCAGGAACAAGGAGAUUCAUCAAAUGUGAUUAUUUCUAGAACAGAGGACCUCAAUGUGUCAUUGCAUUCCUGUUUAUCUGUUUAUUGCUGUUUAUAUAUCUAUAUGUAUGAACUUGUUUUUUGUUCAUUCUUCAGUUGCCGAAUUCCAAGAGUAACAUUUACAUGUAUAUAAUUGAUUUAGAUGAACUAUUGUAUGAAAUUUUGUACUUCAGAUGGUAAAAACAUCUAUGCAUAGAA